GGGGUGGGCGCGGUUUGAACGGCGGGCGCUAGGACCCGCCGGAGCGCAGCGGACGUCAGCGAGCUGCGCCGUUGCCGCGGGUUGAGCCCGAGGCGUGAGUGUUGCGGCCUGCGGCUCCUCGCGCCCGGGCUGGAACUGAGGCCGGAGCCGGUACCCGGGAGGGGAGAGGGGCCGGGUUCCCACUAGGGAGGGAUCCGGCGGGUAAGGGGCGGAGACUCAGUCCAACCUAGUUUCACUUUCCGGGUGUCCAGCUCUGCGCCCCGGCCCAGCACUUCCAGCAGUGUCUCUGCACCUGCUGCCCGGCACUCCUGCGGGCAGAGCGCCGGCCUUUCCUUUCCCAGAGACAGCGCGGCGAGGGGGCGCGGGCCGCCGGUGGAUAGAGGCUGGUCGAGGCGCACCUGAUGCCCCUAAGCUGCGACGCCGGCGUGGAGGGGUCCCUCCCAGCUGCUCUCUGUGAAGAGGGCCAUCUUACCCAAAACCCCCCGACAGAGGGGAGGGGACAGGAGGUGGAGGCGGGCCCUGCCGCUGCCUGGGCCUUCGGAACUACAGCCUGCCCCCGUCGCUGCCCCACCCCCAGGUGGCGGGAAGGAUGACCACUCUCACGCGGCAGGACCUCAACUUUGGCCAAGUGGUGGCCGACGUGCUCUGCGAGUUCCUGGAGGUGGCAGUGCACCUAAUCCUCUACGUGCGCGAAGUCUACCCAGUGGGCAUCUUUCAGAAGCGCAAGAAGUACAACGUGCCAGUCCAGAUGUCCUGCCAUCCGGAGCUGAACCAGUAUAUCCAGGACACGCUGCACUGCGUCAAGCCGCUCCUGGAGAAGAAUGAUGUGGAAAAAGUGGUGGUGGUGAUUUUGGACAAAGAGCACCGCCCAGUGGAGAAAUUCGUCUUUGAAAUCACCCAGCCUCCCUUGUUGUCUAUUAGUUCAGACUCCCUGCUGUCUCACGUGGAGCAGCUGCUCCGAGCCUUCAUCCUGAAGAUCAGUGUGUGUGAUGCUGUCCUGGACCACAACCCCCCAGGCUGUACCUUCACAGUCCUGGUGCACACGAGAGAAGCAGCCACUCGCAACAUGGAGAAGAUCCAGGUCAUCAAGGACUUCCCCUGGAUCCUGGCAGAUGAGCAGGACGUCCACAUGCAUGACCCCCGACUAAUACCCCUGAAGACCAUGACGUCAGACAUUUUAAAGAUGCAGCUCUAUGUGGAAGAGCGAGCUCACAAAAGCAGCUGAGGAUGCACUUGCCCCCCUACUGAUGCCAACCUGUUGGACUUGAGGGCCCCCAGCCUAGGGCAGCACUGCAGGCCCCCGAUUCCAAGUGCUCUUAUUGCCUCUACGUGUGGACUGCCGCCCUCCAGCCCAGGGCUGCACAGGUCUGGUCGCCUUCGUGGACUCCGGGAGGGCAGUGAAGGGUGCUGGGACCUUAAACUCUCAGCCUUCUGCGGCUCAGCUGGCCAACACUGUCUCCAAUACUGUGCUGUGAGCUGUUUCAAUAAAGGGGCCCCAAGGGCUGAGCUG